AUCAUCAUGGUAAUGAUUGAAUCUGAUUCUGAAAUCGAAAUGGAAUGGUACUAACUAAUGGUACGGUACGGUACAGGUACAAUAACAAUGUUGAAUGUAGGAACCUUGUCAGUUAUUUUGAGAUACCUACGGUUAUACAAAUUUAAAAAAUAAAUUAGUAGGCUACGGUGUAAGCAAGUAUCUUGAAUAAUGGACAAAGCAGGAAAAUCCUUACAACAAAAAAUAGACGACUACGAAACACAGUUGUCGCAGAUCAAAAGAGCCUUGUCAUUAACUGAAAGUGAAGAAGAAAGAGGAAAUCUAUUAUGUCUGGAAAAAGAUUUGACAGAAUUGAUUUCACUGACAAGAGAAACUCUAAACACUAUUCAAAAAUCGCCAAAAAAUGAACCAAAUCCUAGUACAGACGAUCCAUUUUCGGCUGAAUAUGCACUCUUUAGGGCUGAGCUAGCAGAGCUGGAAGAAGACAUAACAUCCAACAACCCGGAUGCCUUAGAACCAGGAACGUCAUCCAUCAGUGAAGAGAAUCUCCUGCAGCUGCAGACGGUAAAAAUCAUUGAAGAAAUGGCCUCAACAUCAGCUAUUGCUACAAACUCAGUCAAGGAGCAAAAAGGGUCUUAUCACAGGUGCUCUUUUAUUGGAUGUGGAUUAACACAACGAAAAAACCCACACCUACGUUCAUUUCAGACGGUAAAAAUCAUUGAAGAAAUGGCCUCAACAUCAGCUAUUGCUACAAACUCAGUGAAGGAGCAAAAAGGGUCUUAUCACAGGUGCUCUUUUAUUGGAUGUGGAUUAACACAACGAAAAAACCCACACCUGCAUUUUUUCAGGUUUCCCACAAGGAGGCCAAAUGUAUUGGAACAAUGGCUGGUCAACUGUGGUAAUGAAGAUCUAAUUGCUCUUUCGGAUAAAACUUUGUAUUCGAGGAAGGUGUGUGAAAAACAUUUCACAAUAGAAAGUUUUACAAACCUUACAAAGAAUUAUUUGAAAAAGGACGCGGUUCCUACAUUACUGUGCAUUGGAAAUUAUGAACAACAAGAAUUGCAUGACCAGUCUCCUCAAGAAUUAUCUUUACCUUCAAUUGAAAACUAUACUAUUGUUUCUCAACAGUCUCCAUCAAUAAUUGAUACCCAAAUUCAACCUCAAACGAGUCCCUCACCGGCCUCUCCAACAACUCCUAACACUCCUCAGUACAAAAGAUUUAAGAGUGUCAAAAACAGAACACCAACACCACGCAAACAGUUUUUGACUCCAGUAAAGAGGAGGCUUUUGUUAAAGUUGAAGUCGUCAGAAAAGAAAACAAAGAAGUUUCAAGCCAGAGUAAGGCGCAUGAAAAACAAAAAGCAUACAUUGAGCAAACAGGAAGAAAUCCUUGCCCUUAAGGGAACCAAAUGUCAAGCACCGUACAGUCAUCAUUGGCAGAGAGCCGAUACCAGCAGUAGUAGUGAUAGUCAGGGCUACCACAACGCUCUCAUUAUAGAUGUAGAAACACCUAAAGUAGCCGAGGACCUAUCUCUCAUACAGGUACGAGUUUUAUUUGUGAACCCAACAGAGAAACAGAUGUGUCCGUGUCCAUUCUACCUCGAGGGAAAAUGUAAAUUUAGCGAUGAAAAAUGCAAUUAUUCCCAUGGAGAGAUUGUUCCUUUUUCUGACAUCAGGGAGUACAAAGAGCCUGAUUUCAGCCUAGUAAGAGAGGGAGCUCCAAUUUUGGCCAAACAGAAAGACAGCCUAUGGCAUCGAGCUCGUGUAAAACAGAUUGUUGAUGACAGCAAAGUCAGGGUUCAGUUUGAAACCAAUAGUCACAAUACUGUUGAAAUGGACCUUCAUGAUGUACUUCCCCUAUGUGGUGUGGCGGGAAGUGAUAACAGCAGUAGUGAUAGUGACAGUGACAGUGAUGACAGUAACAACACCGAGGUAGAAGCUCCUGUACAAGAAGACGUAUUUAUGAGAAUGACCACAACAGCUCCAUCCACCAAACUAGGAGAGUGGGAAAAACAUACAAAGGGUAUUGGAUCCCGCUUAAUGGCCAACAUGGGGUACGUUGUUGGCUGCGGACUGGGGAAACGAGGCGAAGGUCGUAUAGAACCUGUAGAAGCUACAGCCUACCCUCCGGGCAAGUCACUUGACAUGUGUAUGGCUCUGAGGGAAGCAGCGGGAGGAGAUCCUGACAUGUUCAAAGCAGAGAAACGACAACGUAAACAACAACAAAAGCUGUUGCAACUACAAAAGAAGCUCAAGGAAAGAGAAGAAUUUCGGACGGAUGUAUUCACCUUCCUUAAUGACAAACUUGCAGGUAAAACUGAUGCCAAACCCAAAGCUUCUCAUCAAAUCCUUGCCUCAUCUUCUAGCAAAGGAUUGGCGGUAGAGAGGUUUCAGUUGGCAGAAAACAUUAAGAAGAAGCAGAAGGAUAUAGGAAAGCUGAAAGAGUCUUUGAAAAGGCACGAAAGUGGAUCUUUGGCCCAUAAGGCAAUAACUAAUAAAAUCAAAGAUGCUCAGUCCGACUUGGGUGUUUUACAAAAUAAUGACACAAUGAUUGCAAGGGAACAAGGCCAAAGAGAUAACAGGAAGAAAAUGGCUGUGUUUUAAAAUUACAUUGUGAUUUUGUACAAAGUGUAAAUAACUCUAUUUGUAUAAAAAAUAAAUUAAGCUAACUUAAA